AUGACGGGGGCUCCGCCUUACAAUCCUCAGUCUCCUACCCAGCAGUCUCGCUAUCCCGUUUACUCUCCUCCGAACAAGAGCCGUCCUUAUUAUGCCAAUAAUGAACAAUACCAGCAGCAUCCUCCUCAGACGCCUCCUGCUUUCCCCCCUCAGUCCAGCAUGUCCAGGAGCCCUCACUUCCCUCAUGCGCCUUCCCCGUUGCCGGGCACACUCCCGCCAUUGAACGGCGGUGCGCCUCCUUCUUCUCAUCCCUCAGAGCCACCGUCGCAAUACCAGGCACAUUCCUCGGCUGGAACUCCACAGUUUGCUCUUCCUCGGCCCUACCCUGGCUCCGUCUUAUCAGGCAACGGCGCAUCUCCCUACGGCCACUCCACUCCGUCCCACGCCCACCCGGCUGGUCGGCCCGACAGCCUUCCACAAGCGUCGCCCAAAAAAGAAUCAGAAUCCCAAUUCCCGAUGGGAAGUCACGGUGUCAUGGGAUACCCAUCCUCUCUGGCGCGAGAACCUCGGGCAAGCUCCCCUCCAAAGGACACUAAGCCCACCAGGGCGGCAGAUCCCAUGUCGUUUGCCAGUAUCCUUUCCGGACCGACUGAAGAGCGUGCCCCUCCCAAAAGGCAGUCCUCCGCCGAAGCCACGCCAACGCCUUUAGCGCCGGCCUCAGCAGUCACGGCCAGUCGCAGUCCUCCACCCACAACUUCUACUUCUCAAUCGAAAGGCAAAGACCGGGCACCAGUUCCCACCGCCUCUCUGCCGAGGUUGGAAAAGAGACCCGGCACGGAGAAGCGCCGUCGCAACGUGGAGCUGGAGCAUAGGACGACUGAAUCACGGACCCCCAAUGUGGCCAACGGCGUCGCUGAUUCGGCAAAGACACCCGUUCAAAGUCGUGGCCCUGUACCUCGACACACGAUGACUGAAUAUGAGGCAGAAGCCCUCAGCAGAGCUUUGGCUGAUAUGGCCGAGGCGGACAAGAGCGACGUGGAAGCACCGGGGUAUGAGAGGUUUAGGGAAGAGUAUAUCGCCAAGGGUAAGAAACGCGCGUUUACCACUGAACAGGCCGAAAUCUUGAGACGCAAGCGUCGCCGAAACGACUACCUGGUCAAGCUUGCCAAGUCUCUCGACAAACAAGCCACUGCUGGCAUGGACCGUUUCAGAUACGCGAACGAAUCCUCCGUCAUUGCCGAAGUCCAGGCAAAAGAGAUCCAAGAUGAAAAGGAGCGCAAGAAAGACAUGCAGCGGAAGCGGCGGCGUGAGAACACAGUGCGCAUGGAGAUGCAAAAGAAGCUGGAGGCAGAGAUCAAGGCAAACGAGGCUCAGGAUUCCGCGGAGAAAGCCAAGUUCCUCCGUGAAGCGGAACGGGCACAACGAAAGAUCAAGACUACCAAAAGAGCACUCGAGGGAGUCACUGCUCCCGAGGAGAUCAGCGAAGUCACGCCGUUGGCUCCCAAUCUCGAAGGCGGUACUACCAGCUCUUUCCACAUCGGUCGGAGCUCCCCAUCGCGACGGAAGUCUGGUCGCGGCGGCCCCGUCACACGACCAAAGAAGUCUAAAGAGCAAAAGCAGGCCGAAAAGGAUGCGGCGGAGGCUGCUUAUGCAGCUAUGGAAAAUGAUGAGCCUCUGCCUAUCGCACCCAAGGAAGACCCCCGGAAGGAAUCUCUCAAGAAGGAGGUCAAAGGCAGUCGCUCCAAAGAGACUACGCCUACGCCCCUGUCCGCGUACGAGACCAAAGGCUACAAUCAGAUCUAUGAGCAAAUCUGGCGCGACAUUGCGCGCAAGGAUAUUCCCAAGGUCUAUCGCAUCAAGGCUUUGUCCCUCAGCACGCGUCAGGAGAAUUUGCGCAAGACAGCUCAGCUGGCUAGUAAGCAGUCCCGGAAGUGGCAGGAACGCACCAACAAGAGUAUGAAGGAUACUCAGGCCCGUGCCAAGCGCACCAUGCGUGAGAUGAUGUCCUUCUGGAAGCGCAACGAACGAGAGGAGCGGGAUCUGCGUCGUCUCGCCGAGAAGCAAGAGAUCGAGUCUGCUAAGAAGGCCGAAGCGGAACGUGAGGCCAACCGUCAAAGACGCAAGCUUAAUUUCCUCAUUUCGCAGACCGAAUUGUACUCCCACUUCAUCGGUCGGAAGAUCAAGGGCGCAGAGGGAGAUGCCGCUGGGGACACGGCCGUGGACGAGACAGACGAGACCGUCAAACCCGGCAAGGGCCAGGAUCAUACCAUCGACCCCCCCCCCAGUGUUGCUGAUGCGGGCACGAAAGUCACCAACUUUGAGGACCUUGACUUUGACGCGGAAGAUGAGACGGCCUUGCGGCAGGCGGCCAUGGCUAACGCCCAGAAUGCCGUCCAGCAGGCGCAGGAUCGCGCACGCGCUUUCAACUCCGAGCAGAACCAGAUGGCGGCCUUAGACGAGGGCGAACUGAACUUCCAGAACCCUACGAGUUUAGGUGACAUCGAGAUCUCCCAGCCUAACAUGCUUACUGCAAAACUCAAGGAAUACCAACUCAAGGGGUUGAAUUGGCUGGUCAACUUGUACGAGCAAGGCAUCAACGGUAUUCUGGCCGACGAGAUGGGUCUAGGAAAGACCAUCCAGUCCAUCUCAGUCAUGGCUUAUCUCGCCGAGGUACACAACAUCUGGGGCCCGUUCCUGGUCAUUGCGCCUGCCUCCACCCUACACAACUGGCAGCAGGAAAUUACCAAGUUCGUGCCGGACAUCAAGGUUCUGCCUUACUGGGGUUCCGCUAAGGACCGUAAGAUUCUCCGCAAGUUCUGGGAUCGCAAACAUAUCACCUACACUAAGGAGUCUGAAUUCCACGUGCUGGUAACGUCGUAUCAGCUCGUCGUCCUUGAUGCCCAGUACUUCCAGAAGGUCAAAUGGCAGUACAUGAUUCUGGAUGAGGCCCAGGCCAUCAAGUCUUCGCAGAGUUCGCGUUGGAAGAAUUUGCUUGGGUUUAGCUGCCGCAAUCGCCUUCUUCUUACCGGUACACCCAUCCAGAAUAACAUGCAGGAACUGUGGGCUCUUCUUCACUUCAUCAUGCCGACCUUGUUCGAUUCCCACGACGAAUUUAGCGAAUGGUUCUCAAAAGAUAUUGAGUCGCAUGCUCAAAGCAACACGAAGCUCAACGAAGACCAACUGAAGCGUCUUCACAUGAUCCUGAAGCCUUUCAUGCUGCGUCGUGUCAAGAAGCAUGUGCAGCAGGAGCUCGGAGAUAAGGUCGAGAAGGAUGUCUUCUGUGACCUCACCUAUCGUCAGCGGGCCUACUAUGCCAACCUACGGAACCGUGUCAGCAUCAUGGAUCUUAUCGAGAAGGCUGCUGUCGGGGACGAGGCCGAUAGUACGACUCUGAUGAAUUUGGUCAUGCAAUUCCGGAAAGUCUGUAACCAUCCAGACUUGUUCGAGCGCGCGGAAACGAAAUCGCCCUUCUCCACCGCAUACUUCGCCGAGACGGCCUCCUUUGUUCGAGAAGGCCAUAACGUUGAUGUCGGAUACUCAACCCGCAAUCUGAUUGAAUACCCUAUGCCCCGCCUUCUUUGUGGUUCGGGCGGUCGUAUUGAUGUGGCCGGUCCUGAUAAUGCGUAUGCUGGGUUCCGUGGACAGUACCUGAACCACUUGAUGAAUAUCUUUACUCCGGAGAACAUCAAGCAGAGCAUCCAGGACGACGGGGCGUUCUCAUUCCUGCGCUUUGUGGACACGUCGGUCGGUGAAGCAUACGAGCAGUCGCAUCUUGGCGUCUUUGAGCGAGCGGUCCGCCGCCGGGGACAAGUCAAUAAGCUGUCCCGGCUCAACGUCGUCUACGAUAACGAGGAACAUUCGACAGCGCCUGUCCUCCCACACACACUAUUCAACAUCGUCGAUCGCAAUGAUCGUCAAGCCGUCAAUGAGAUUGUCGCUGAAGGCUAUAUGCGGGAUUUGAUGACCGUCUCGCAGUCUACGUUCGAACGUGACGGUCUCAACAUUAUCGAGCCUUGUGCCAGCCCUGCGGCAUCGGCGCCCCCGAUCACUGUUGUGUCUUCGAGCCAGGUACCCUGGUUCGAGACAAAGGAUACCCUCUUCAAUGUCUCGGUCCGGCACGCGCUUCUCAGCACACCUUCGAGACAAGUGGACGAGCAGAUCAUUGAGAAGAAGGUGGAUCCAACUCCAUACUCUCUUACGCCCAUGCUGCCGAAGCCGAUAUCGAACAAGGGACGUUACACGCACAUCGAAGUGCCGUCCAUGCGUCGGUUUGUCACGGAUUCCGGUAAAUUAGCCAAGCUGGAUGAGCUAUUGCGAGAGCUCAAGGCGGGCGGUCAUCGUGUGCUGUUGUAUUUCCAGAUGACACGCAUGAUCGACCUGAUGGAGGAGUACCUGACUUACCGUAACUACAAGUACUGCCGCUUGGAUGGAAGCACCAAGCUGGAGGAUCGCCGCGAUACCGUGGCUGAUUUCCAGCAGCGUCCCGAGAUCUUUGUCUUCCUCCUGUCCACGCGUGCUGGUGGUCUGGGUAUCAACUUGACUGCGGCCGAUACUGUUAUUUUCUACGAUUCGGACUGGAACCCUACUAUCGAUUCCCAAGCCAUGGACCGAGCGCAUCGUCUCGGUCAGACGCGGCAGGUUACGGUAUAUCGUCUCAUUACCCGGGGCACCAUCGAAGAACGUAUCCGCAAGCGUGCCUUGCAGAAGGAAGAGGUCCAACGUGUCGUCAUCACAGGUGGCGCCGCCGGUGGAGUCGAUUUCAACACGCGUAAUCGGGAAAGCCGCACGAAAGACAUUGCCAUGUGGCUGGCCGAUGAUGAGCAGGCCGAACUCAUUGAGCAGAAGGAGAAGGAGGCUUUGGACCGUGGGGAAGUGUUUGGUGCCGGCAAGGGCGGGAAGAAGGCCGCCCAAAAGAGGAAGAGGGACAUUACGCUGGAUGAUAUGUAUCACGAAGGCGAGGGCAACUUCGACGAUGUCAGUGCCAAGCCAUCCGGCGCAGCAACCCCAGUGUCGACGGCGGAAAACGUGGCCACGCCCUCAUCGACCCCGGUGCCCAAGCGUGGACGGGGUCGUGGGUCUGGCAAGGGAACAUCGAAGCGCGCCAAAACGACCAAAGAGCGACUGCGUCUCAUUGACGGCGAUGGGGGUCUGGGGGCCAGCUGA